AAAAAACAGAAGCUUGAAUUGAAUUUGAUUUGGACGGUUGAUGCCAUCAUUCGGGAGGCCCCGUGUUCGGUUCAGACGAUGUUCGACUGCCGGUGCUUCCAUUGGAGUAGAAUCGUCGAUUUCUUAUCGCCCCUGCCCGACGCUUUCUCUCUUCCGGCUCCCAUUCCGCAAUGGCCCCAAGGUCAAGGAUUUGCUGCUGGAAAAAUAAACUUAGGAGAAAUAGAAGUAGCUGAAAUCACGGACUUUGAGUAUAUCUGGGGACAUGAUUUGCAAGACAAGAAAAAAGGUGUUGCAUUCUAUAAACCUGUUGGAAUGCCUGAUGGGUUUUGCAGCCUUGGUCACUACUGCCAAUCCAAUGACCGGCCUUUACAUGGGUUUGUACUUGUAGCACGGGAAGUUGCUUUGCCAGAAACCAAAAAUUCUAGCAUUUGGAAUCAGGAUAAGCGUCCGGCUCUUCUCAAGCCUGUUGAUUAUAAGCUAGUCUGGAGUUCAGAUGAUGGAAGUGAUGAAACUCUUGAUGGAUGUGGCUUCUUCUGGCUACCUCAGCCACCUGAAGGUUAUAAAGCAAUGGGGUUUGUGAUUUCAAACAAGCCGGACAAGCCUGAAUUGGCUGAAGUUAGAUGCGUGCGAUCUGACCUAACUGAUAAUUGUGAAAUACACCGCCUGAUACUCAGCGUGAAUAUAAAAUUUUCCAAAUUACCAUUUCGAGUCUGGAACAUCAGACCUUCUCAUCGGGGAAUGCACGGGAAAGGCGUUUCAGUUGGGACAUUUUUCAGCAGUAGCUGCUGGAGUCCCGGACAGGAACUGGAUGUCGCAUGCUUGAAGAACCUAAAUCCCUCUCUUCAUGCAAUGCCAAACCUUGAUCAGAUUCAUGCACUCAUCAGGCACUAUGGUCCCACACUUUUCUUCCAUCCCGAUGAGGCUUACUUGCCAUCUUCUGUUUCAUGGUUCUUCAAAAGUGGUGCCCUUUUGUACACAAGGGGUCAACCGAUUGGAGAGGCCAUUGAUGCUGGAGGCGCGAAUUUACCUGGCGGCGGGGCAAAUGACGGAACUUAUUGGAUAGAUCUGCCAAAGGACGACAGAAGACGUGUUAUCAAGCAUGGCAAUUUAGGGAGUGCUGUCCUCUAUGUCCAUGUGAAGCCGGCUUUAGGUGGGACUUUCACUGAUAUCGCGAUGUGGGUAUUCUGUCCCUUCAAUGGUCCAGCCACACUCAAGGUUGGAAUCGUGAGCAUCGCGUUUGGCAAGAUCGGACAACACGUGGGUGACUGGGAGCAUUUCACGCUUCGAAUAAGCAACUUCACCGGGGAGCUCUGGAGCAUAUACUUCUCGCAGCACAGCGGGGGCGAAUGGGUGGAUGCCUCAGACUUGGAGUUCACAGAAGGCAACAAAGCUAUUGUCUACUCAUCCAGAAGUGGCCAUGCAAGCUUUGCUCAUCCCGGCGCCUACAUUCAGGGCUCUGCGAAGCUUGGAAUUGGAGUGAGGAACGAUGCUGCUCGCAGCAAAUACUAUGUCGAUUCAAGCAUUUCUUACGAAGUCAUUGCAGCAGAGUAUCUGGGAGACGGGGUGGUCAGCGAGCCACGAUGGUUGCAGUACAUGAGAGAAUGGGGUCCAGCCGUCGUGUAUGAUUCCAGAACCGAGCUGGAUAAGAUUCUCAACAUGUUGCCACUGUCUGUUCGAUAUUCAGUGGCCAACAUUUUUGACAAGGUCCCGGUGGAGCUGUAUGGCGAGGAAGGGCCUACCGGGCCAAAGGAAAAGAACAACUGGGGGGGCGAUGAACGAUCCUAGCUCUCUCUCAGACCUUUCCUCCUCCACCGCGCAGCUGUUCUUCUCUAACCCACACACGAGUACCAGAGCUUCGUGAUGCUUCUUAUCUGUUGCUGUUGCAUUCCCAAACUCCUCAUAUAUUUGCAAUUUGCUGCGGCAGAUCCAUGAUCCAUCCUGCAGGUUCAAGGCCAAAGAUGAUUUGGAGGAUGCAACAUUGCAUUCAGUUUUCUUGGGGGAAACG